AUGCUCUACUACGCAGUUUUUAUCGCUUUUGCUAUGCUUGCAAUCGGUUCAAAUGAUAAACCAACGAUAUCAAAGGCAAAUGAACCAAAACGUUGCUGUAUACCAAAACAGUUCAGUGCACAAAUUAGUACAUCACAUGGUGUGAAAUUACCAGAUGGUACAAUAACUGCUUCAUAUGCGUAUUAUAAUAUUUCGUAUGAUGGAAAUCGUGGUAUGGUUGGACUGAAAGGUGUAUCAUUUUCGAUCCCGGAUCAACAGCAAUCGAAUCUAUGGAUUAUUGAAAAUACGAAUGAUGGACAAAUCUAUACAAUCGAUCAAGAUUCAAAACAAUGCCAAAAAUCACAAAUGCCAAUUCAGCCACUUAGUUGUAUACCAGGUAUUCAAAAUACAGCAACUUACCUACAUUCAUCCACGUAUGGAUAUGGUGAUAAACCAAUUAUCGGUGAUACAUGGCUUGUCACAAAUGAUAACAUUGUUAAUUAUGCUACGGUUAGUCGCGAUGAUCUUUGUGUUCCAUUAAGUGGACAUAUUUUCCUUCCUUCUGUAUUAACUGCAUUGACAACAACAGAUUUUACACUGAAAAUUGAUGAUCCAAGCAUAUUUAAUAUCCCGGCAGAAUGUCAAAAUGCUGUCUAA